AUGACCGCUGAAGGGCCGUCGAUGGCUGCUGCAGAGGCGGGGGUGGAAGGAGCGCCCGCGGGCGGAACGGCGGGCGGAGCGGCGGGAGGAGCGGCGGGAGGUGCGGCGGAAGCGGGGGUGAUCUUCGUGUUGGAGAAGGCGUCGCUCGAAGUCGCCAAAGUCGGAAAGGUCUUGCCAACCCCUCCCCACAUCCCCCCCCACCUUUACCCCCAACUUCUCUCCCCCACCUCCCUCUCCCCGUUAACCCCGCUUCCCUGUCGCCCCCAGGCAUGCGUGCUGCUGAGCUGCGACGACCACGCCAGCCUCCUCGCAUGCGUGCUGCUGAGCUGCGACGACCACGCCAGUUUCCUUCUCUUCUCAACCCCCCCCGCUCUCCCCCCCCCAUCUUCCCCCACUCCCGCACUUCCCCCACCCCACUCCCGCACUCCCCCCACCCCACUUCCGCACUGCCCCCACCCCACUCCUGCACUCCCCCCACCCCACUCCUGCACCCCCCCCACCCCGCCCUCCCCUCCGCCCCCAGGCGUGCGUGCUGCUCAACCGCGACGACCUCACCAGCUUACUGCGCCUCUCACUUGCCAAAACCCUCAACCCCCCGUACCUCCUGCUCCCCCUCCCCCCUUUCCUCCUCUCCCCCAGACAUACGUGUUGCUCAACUGCGACGACCACAGCUUCCUCCUCCUCCUCAGUUACUGCGAAAACCCCCAACCUCAACCCCCUUCUCCCCGCUCCGCUCCUCUCCCCCUCGCCCCCACCCUUCGCCCCCAGACAUACGUGUUGCUCAACUGCGACGACCACGCUAGAUUCCUCACGUACGUGUUGCUGAACUGCGACGACCACGCCAGCUUCCUGCGCAAGCACGGCAAGGACCCUGCGCUCUACCGCCCGGACAUCUGCCACCAGGCGCUACUAGCGAUACUAGACAGCCCGUUGAAUAAAGCUGGAAGGCUCAAGGCUCUCUACGUGGCGACCACACGCAACACACUCAUCCAAGUCAACCCGCACAUCCGCAUUCCCCGCACGUUCCGCCGCUUCUGCGGCCUCAUGGUUCAGCUGCUGCAGAAGCUAUCCAUACGCGCUACAAACGGGCCUGAUAAGCUCCUCAAGGUCAUCAAGCACCCCGUCACCAAGUACCUGCCUCCGGGAAGCAGGAGAAUAGGUUUGGAGUACAGUGCACAGAAGGUGGUGCAUCUGCGACAGUUCUUGAAGACAACCAACUCAGAGACGCUAGUCUUUGUGGUGGGGGCGAUGGCUAGCGGUGACAUCAGCAGUGACUAUGUGGACGAGAUGAUUGCAGUUUCGGAAUACCCACUGAGCGCAGCCACUUGCUUGUCUCGCCUAUGUACUACGUUGGAACUAAAGUGGGGCAUCUUAUAG